AUGGUCGAGAUAGACUCGCAGUUUCCUAAACGUUGGCCGUAUGGUACGGUGAAAACCGCGCAAUGGGUUUGUUGUCUGGCGUUGUUGAUCGCGUUGUAUUGUUCGCCGUAUUAUUAUGGUGGUACGUCGUUCGUAUUUUUU